UUCACCUUAACUUUUUCGUCUUUUGUCUUGAUUUCCCCCCUUUCCUUUUUUUACCGAAGAGUAGCUGAUUCCUUUUCUUGUUGGUUGUAUUUUUUAAUUGUUUCUUUGAAGAAUUUGUUUAAAAAAAGGAGGGAAAGAUUGCGCUCAUUUAGAGGGGUGAAUGAAAGAGAGAGAGAAUGAAUGUUUUAAUUAUAACCAAAGUCAACAAUUAAUCAUUUAUUUAAUGGGGGGAAUAUCAUAAAAAUGGUUACCCCCACAAUUGCAGCUGUCAAUUCCAACGAAUUAUUUUCUUUAAUUGAUAAUAAUAAUAAUGAGAAAAUUAACCAUGGAGCAGCGGUAAAAUUGAUCUCUUCUGAAAAAGCGAGGCAACAUUUAUAUUUUGUUGAUGAUGAAAGUCAAAAAGACGAAUUAAAUAAUGUAAGAAAGGAAAUUAAAUUAAUUAAGGAUUUGGGAAUGUUAACACAAAACUAUUUUGUAUGGAAGAGAUUUAGGGGAUUUCUGUCAAGAUAAAAGGGUGUUAAAGGAAAGGGUUGGGGGUAGAUUGUGGAUACUUUACUGUAACCGCAGCGAUUAUUCAAGGGAUGCUUAACCCAUCUACGAUG